CCCCACUUUCUAUCAGCCUCUACCAGCCUCAGACUUGGACCAAUUAUUUAUCUCCUGAAGGGAACUGUCUAGGGACCAAAAGAAAAGCAGCGCCAGCGCCAAAGCAGAGGAGAGCUGAGUUGAGCCAUUAAGGGAGAUGCUGGGUCACUGAGGAUGGGGAACCCGGAGCUCUGGACCACAGCACCGGGAGGACGCAGCGGUGCAGCUGAUCCUCCCAAAUGCGAUGCGCACAUAUACCUCAGCUAGCCUCAAAAUCUUGCGUCGCUCUCAGCAUCUUGGAGUCACAAGACAGAUUAUCCCGGGCUGCGAGCAUCUCAGAACUCUGGUCCCCGGUGCACAACAGCAAUUCUCCUGCUGAACUCUGAACCUUUGGGAUCUAGGGGAGGAAAUAGGUAUCUAGUCGGUACCGCCUAGGCCGCCUUAGGAGCUGUCCAGUGCUGAUGCGGCGGUGCCCCUGUGGUGCUUGGAGGGACUGAGCCUGCCGCGCCCCGCAGAGCCCAGGGCCGAGCUGCUGGGAGCGCUGACGCAGAGCCCUGGGAGAGCUGGGAGCAGUUGGCUCUGAGAUGGACAUGGAUCUUCAGAGACCCGACUCCUACCAGGGCGGAGCUGGCCCUCACUUCAGCGAGCAUGUUCUACAUAAGACCAUCCUGGUCGGUGACAGUGGCGUUGGGAAGACAUCUCUACUGGUUCAGUUCGACCAGGGCAAGUUCAUCCCUGGCUCCUUCUCAGCCACUGUGGGCAUCGGAUUCACAGUGAUGCUUCUGGGAGACUCGGGUGUCGGCAAAACCUGUUUCCUGAUCCAAUUCAAAGACGGGGCCUUCCUGUCCGGAACCUUCAUAGCCACCGUCGGCAUAGACUUCAGGAACAAGGUGGUGACAGUGGAUGGUGCCAGGGUGAAGCUUCAGAUCUGGGACACUGCAGGACAGGAGCGCUUCCGCAGUGUGACCCACGCUUAUUACAGAGAUGCUCAGGCCUUGCUCCUGCUGUAUGACAUCACCAACAAAUCUUCUUUUGACAACAUCAGGGCCUGGCUCACAGAGAUUCAUGAGUAUGCCCAGAGAGAUGUGGUGAUCAUGUUGCUAGGCAACAAGGCGGAUGUAAGCAGUGAAAGGGUGAUCCGUUCUGAGGAUGGAGAGACACUGGCCAGGGAGUAUGGUGUUCCCUUCAUGGAGACCAGUGCCAAGACUGGCAUGAAUGUGGAGCUGGCCUUCCUGGCAAUUGCCAAGGAGCUGAAGUAUCGUGCAGGCCGGCAGCCUGAUGAGCCCAGCUUCCAGAUCCGUGACUAUGUGGAGUCCCAGAAGAAGCGCCCCAGCUGCUGCUCCUUUGUGUGACUCCCAAAGGGCUAAGAGGAGGCCCAGAGACCCUUGGGAAUGCAGUCAUUCUAACUGUCCAGCCAACCAGGAGAGAGCUGGGAGUUCAGUAGGCAGCCCUGGCCAGGGAGGCAGCUGCCACCCUCGUUUCUCAAGCUUCCCUGUGUCAUGGGAAGGGUAAAAUAAUCAUACUUUAUCUUAAUAUAUAUAAACUAACACCAAAAAAGGCACCAGUGUGCCAUCCCUGAAAAACCAAAAUAGGUAGGGACUUGGUGGUCCUUCUGCCUUCUGGGACUGGGUUCUAAAAGCCUGGACCUCCCUCCUAGCAAGGGUGUUACUGCACCAGCAUGGCACCAGGGGACACCAAAGCACUGCUAGGGUGUGGGAGCUGGUUGUGACCCUGUCACCAUUCUUACUGGGAAGGCUAAGGAGACCCCAGCCUUCUCUUCUUCCAGCUCCCCAGGGGACAGCCAUUCCCAUUAGGAAGGGCCUUAGUGCUGGGAGCUAGCCCAAAGCCUCAGGAAAGAUAAAAGUGGAUAUUGGGGUGUGUGUUUAAGAAGCAGUUACUUGCCGGGCGGUGGUGGCGCACGCCUUUAAUCCCAGCACUCGGGAGGCAGAGCCAGGCGGAUCUCUGUGAGUUCGAGGCCAGCCUGGGCUACCAAGUGAGUUCCAGGAAAGGCGCAAAGCUACACAGAGAAACCCUGUCUCGAAAAACCAAAAAAAAAAAAAAAAAAAAGAAGCAGUUACUUGGGUGAGGUCUGCUCAGCUACCUCUGGGCUUCCUCACCCUCCUUUUGGAAGUGUGCCCCUUUUUCUCUAGCAUACAAGCACAGUGGGGCACCUGAAAAUAUUACUUUCUAGUCUCUGGACCUCACAUCCCAGGGGAUGCCCCACCAUCCCAUGGAAUCUCUCCCAUCAGCUUUCUGCCUGGGUUCCUAGCGGUCAGAGCCAAGAAAAAAAGUGUCCUUCCUUCCCAAUCCUGUGACAAGGUGUAUAGCACUACAGCUAUUUAAGGCAGAGGUAAGAGCCAGACAAAGAACUCACUGGCUCCUAGAGUGGGCGGAAGCAGAACUGAACAACCCCAUAGUCCAAUUUUUCCCAUUAAGCCCCAGCUCUCUGUCUCCUCCCUGCUCUUUCCUUUAACUUCAGACUAAUACUAGGGUCAAAACAGUUUUAUCUCCUUCUCUUCUACUAAAUCAGGUGAAUGGGUGGGAUGUUGUCCAUUUCUGGGUGAGCCGAUGUAAUAGGUGCAAAACAAGGUAGUUUGGUCAAGCUUUGGGUAUGGAGAAGGGCAGCAAGGAGGUCUUAUAGGCCCGAGGCCAUGUGUCUCCCAAAGUCCUGGCCUCACCCUUAGAAGGACGCUGGAGGUAUGCAGAUCCAUGACCCACAGGCACCUUUUACUGCAGCUCUGUAGGCUGGGCAGAGGCUGGUGUGCCAAGAAAGUAUGCAUUGCACAUUUCUGAGGUUAACUGCAUUUGCUUUCAAGGCAGAAAUCUUGGUCUCUGAGCAGAGUCAGCGCUCUAAACUCGGGGUGAUAAGGAAGCUCUCUGUGACCUCUCACAGGCAGGUCGAGGAGGAGCCUGGGCUUGCCUGUUCUCUUCUGGGGCUCUGAGCAGGUUGCAGGAGCUCCAGUCCCAUAGCUCUGGGUCUCCUGCAUUUGUGUUUUUCAGAAUUAAAUUGCAGUAUUUUGGAAAGUA